AUGUGCAAAGAGGACCCCCAGAAGGCAGGCAGGACAGAGUGCCACAGUGUGGGACCAUGCCAGGCACAACGAUAUAACCAUGUAAUUGAAACCCCCGAGCCUGGCGAGUGGGAGUUGUCAGGGUGUGAAGCAGCUGUGCCGAUCACAGAGAAGUCAAACCCACUGACCCAGAACUUGGACAAAGAUGGAGAGAAAAUUGUUCAGUUGCUGGGACAAUGUGAUGCUGAGAUCUUCCAGGAAGCGGGGCAAGCCAUACCCACCUACCAGCGACUGUACAGUGAGUCAGUUCUGACCACCAUGUUGCAAGUGGCUGGCAAAGUUCAGGAAGUGCUGAAGGAGCCAGAUGAGGGGCUGGUGGUGCUAAGUGGAGGGGGUACGUCUGGCCGGAUGGCAUUCCUCAUAUCAGUGUCUUUUAACAAGCUAAUGAAAGGUCUAGGACAAAAACCUGUUUAUACGUACCUCAUUGCAGGAGGUGACAGGUCUGUUGUGGCCUCCAGGAAGCACGGAAUGGAGGAGCUGAAGAAGGUGGCAGCUGGGAAGAAGAGAGUGAUUGUCAUUGGCAUUUCUGUGGGACUCUCUGCGCCCUUUGUGGCAGGCCAGAUGGACUACUGCGUGGAUAACACAGCUGUCUUCUUGCCAGUCCUGGUUGGCUUCAAUUCAGUGAGCAUGGCCAGAAAUGACCCCAUUGAAGACUGGAGAUCAACAUUCCGGCAAGUAGCAGAGCAGAUGCAGAAACUGCAAGAGAAACAGAAAGGUUUCCUGCUCAAUCCUGCUGUUGGACCUGAGGGGCUCAGUGGCUCUUCCUGGAUGAAAGGUGGAAGUGCCACCAAGAUUCUGCUGGAAACCCUGUUACUAGUAGCCCUUAAGAGUAUGGACCCAGGCAUUGCAGCCUCUCAAAGGUGUCUUCUGGAAAUCCUGGGGAUUUUUGAGCGGGCUCAUCAGGUGACCUACAGUCAAAGUUCCAAUAUUGCCAGGCUGAUGAAGCAGGUCAGCACCAGCCUGGGGAGGAAAGGCCGAGUACACCGUGGAUGGCAGACCCUUGGCAUCAUUGCCAUCAUGGAUGGAGUAGAGUGCAUCCACACCUUUGGCGCUGAUUUCCGAGACAUCCGUGGUUUUCUCUUUGGAGAAGGAAGAGGACUCUCCCAUCUUUUUUUGUCCCAGGGUCCCCAGUUCUCCUUCUCCGAGGAGGACUUCCUGACUUCCAUCCUGCCCUCCCUCAUGGAAAUUGACACUGUGGUCUUCAUUUUCACCCUGGAUGACAACCUCACAGAGGUACAGACACUGGCAGAGAAGGUGAAAGAGAAGACCACUAACAUCCAGGCCCUAGUGCACAGAACUGUGGGGCAGUCGCCGCCGGCUCCUCUCAAGAAGCUCUUUCCCUUCAUCAUCAGCAUCAUGUGGCCCCUGCUUUUCUUUGAAUAUGAAGGGAACUACAUCCAGAAUACAGAAGUAGAAGUUGUAGCCUAUUUCCUCAACCUGCAAGGAUCUACCUGAAUCACUUCAACAUCUUUCCUGGACUCCUGUUGCCUUGUAAGUACAGUAGUAGAUGGUGUAAGUGCCAUGUGCUCUAAGGGCAAAGGGCAGAUAGCCAUCGCUCUCAUAGCACCUUGAAUUUGUACGUUUUCAUUUUCAACAAGCUUUCAUGCAUUCUCUCAUCCAUCCAGGAGACAAUUAGGAGGAAAUGCCUUUAUCACUGAAUCGGAAGACCCAUAUUUAAGUCCUGAUUCUGUGUCUCACUAUCAGAUG